AUGGAGUACCUCCGCCUCUUCCGCCAGCGCACGGCGGAGUUCCGCGCGCUCGGGGGGGAAGCGCUGGUGGGGGGAAAACGGGCGGAGAGUGGCGGAGAGGGGGGAAGAGAAGCAGCGCCGCUGAAUCCGCUGCUCGUGCCCUACAUUGACUUGAACAUCGCUCCUCUCCGCAGAAUAUACGCCUGGGCCGUACCCACAGAGGCAGCACUGGCAGCAGUGAAGGCGGCUGCAGAAGGGAGGGGGGUGAUGGAGGUGAGCGAUGGGGAGUGGCACUAA